CCUAAACAGGGGCGAAUCCACAGGAAGACAAUGGGGGACUCUAAAGCUUUUGUGGAACAUUUGUUUUUCUCAUUUAUCCUUUAAAAUGUGUCUUUGUUUUCUUAGAAAGUAACUUAAUACAUAGUUUUCAAUUGUUUUUAUGAAUAUUGUGUUGACUCCAUAAAGAGGACUCCUACAUUCCUUAAUGAGGAGGUGGAGAUUUGCCAUCCUGCCUUGACCUUGGUGCCUCCUUUGCCCCGCCCUCCCCAAUCAGAAACGUUCAAGAUCCAUCACUGCUGAGGGAUAACCCAAGAUUGCAAAUCUAUAAAGCUAUAGAGAUUACCCUAUUUUAUCAUAUGCUGUCAUUUUUAACAUUCAUUCAUUCAUUCAUUCAUUCUUUCAUUCUUUCUUUCUUUCAAAGAUAUGUUGAUUCUAAAAGUUCAUUUCAAAUAGUAAAAGUUCAUAUUCUGGUUGUUCUUAUUAUAAGAAAGAGGCUAUUUAUUUAUUUAUUUAUUUAUUUAUUUAUUUAGAGUUAUUAGUGUGUUGAAACAUAAGACGAAUGUCAUUUAAGGAGGUGCUGAAAAGCAUCUCAAACCUAAUUUCAGUGCGAAAUAAUUUUCCUUUAUGUACAUAAUACUUAAAACUUUAUGAUUGUAUAAACACAUUUCUUGCACGAGUGGGAGCUGGUUCUUGUCUUUCUGGUAAUCUGAGGAUCCUUAAAAUGGAUCUUAACCCGCACUCUGAGAGAAGAGUGUGUGUUCGGAUGACUAGAUUGGUCAGUGGGAUUUAAACGCCUUAUUAAAGUCAAUCUAACAUCCCUACGGAGUGUGGAUCCCGAGUGGGAAAGCCUCGUGUCCAUGCGCGCGGGUGGAGUUCAAGCAGGAGACAUAUCCCACAACAAGCGGUGGAAAAACACAAGGUGCGAGUUUCAAUCCACUGAGUUUGCUGGACAGCUUCUCCCAGGACCGGGACCGGGACCGGGACCAGAACACCGGGAAGAGCGUGUUUACACACGGAAACGCGCACGGCUCAGUGAAGCGAUCCGAGAUCAACUGGAACUGCUUGUUUGCUCAGGACGCGCGUAAAGGACAGACGCUGCAUGCCCGGAUCUCUCCUUUCCUCUUUUCUCCGUUUUUUUUUUCAAAGAAAAGGAAUAGAAACGAUCACCAACGCCAAAACGGACGCGGUGAGUUUUAAAAACCGAGUAAGUACUCCGGAAGAUCCACGAGCGCAGGGCAAUUUAACCAUUACGCAUGGAUUAGAGAGCGCAGAACAGAUGGUAAACAGAUCAAUCGGUUUCUACUCACAAGAAGGGCUCGAUAAAAGAAAAUGCCACAGCUAUAUGAGCAAAGCACAUUAAAGAGAUGGAGCCGCUCUGCAUGGAGUUCUGAAAUACUGCGUAAAAGGGAUGUAAGGACAUAAAUGCCUCAGAGGACACUGGAUUAAAGUCUGACUAAACCUUGUAAUCCCCGUGGACACUACACUUCAAAACUUUCCUAGACAAUCGAUGCAUAAAAAAAGGAGACGCUGUGGGAAAGAACCUAUUCAGCUCUGGAAACCUAAACAAAAUACCUCUGCUGCUCAUCACAUUCCAGCAAACCUGUGUAUAAUUGCCAGAAAUCCCCUUGGAUACUGAACAAUUAUCCAUGAGCAGACUCUAUAACUAGAAUUGUUCCACAUCAGGAUUCUAUUUUAAUCUUAAGUCUGAUGUUUUAGGCUUCUGAGCAUCGUCAGACAGCAGAUGUGCAAAUCCCCAAAACCAAAGGUCUCAUGUGGACCUCAGAAAAGAUAAAGAAAAAUAAAGCUAACCUUUGAAUCUGUCACCAUCUUCCAACAUGCAGCUCCCCACUUAGCUUUGUUGAAAAGGAGGAGCCCUUUAAAGCGUUUGAUGAAUAGGAGAGCUUGGUCAGAGAGUGUCGAUGCCUGCUGGUUGGAGAUGAGAUAAGAGAUGGCCUGUAUGACCACAGCUGAAUACAAAUUAGGAUUUGACUCUCCUGAAGCUACAACAAUGAAGCCAGUUAUUACAGGAGAAGUAAAAUGGUCAAUCUAGAUUUUGAUAUAAGCUGACUGAUCACUGGGAUCGUUAAAUGUGGACUGAAAUCAUGGACAACGCCACUGGUGACAAUGCUACAGACCCACUUUGGAGUGAGGGGACUCUUCUCAGCCUUCAGGUCUCCCUGUAUGUUCUGUUAGCUGUCGUCACUCUUGCUACAGCCCUGUCAAACGCUUUCGUCAUCGCCACCAUCUUUCUGACGAGGAAGCUCCACACACCUGCCAACUUCCUGAUAGGAUCUCUCGCCAUCACGGACCUGCUUGUGUCUAUUCUAGUCAUGCCGAUAAGCAUCGUCUACACAGUGACCAAAACCUGGUCUCUGGGGCAGAUUGUUUGCGACAUCUGGCUUUCAUCUGACAUCACCUUCUGCACGGCCUCCAUUUUGCACCUGUGUGUUAUCGCACUGGACCGCUACUGGGCCAUCACAGAUGCUUUGGAGUACUCAAAACACCGCACCAUGCGCAGGGCAGGGAUGAUGGUGGUGGUGGUUUGGGUGAUCUCUGUUUCUAUUUCUCUGCCUCCACUUUUCUGGCGGCAGGCCAAAGCACAAGAGGAACUGACGGAGUGUGUGGUAAACACAGAAAAGAUCUUUUACACCUUAUAUUCCACCUUUGGCGCCUUCUACAUUCCCACAGUGCUUCUCAUCAUCCUCUAUGGGCGGAUUUACGUCGCCGCCCGAUCUCGUAUUUUUAAGACUCCAUCAUCUGGGAAGAGAUUCACCACAGCACAGCUCAUCCAGACCUCUGCAGGCUCCUCUCUCUGUUCUCUUAAUUCUAGCUCCCACCAGGAUUCACACCUACACACUGGCAGGGCAGGAGGCGGUGGAGGCGGAGGAUCUCCUGUGUUCAUGAAUAGUGUAAAAGUGAAGCUGGCAGACAGCGUGCUGGAGAGGAAACGUCUGUGCGCGGCGCGGGAGAGGAAAGCGACCAAGACACUGGGCAUCAUCCUGGGAGCAUUCAUCGUCUGCUGGCUCCCGUUUUUUGUUUGUACUCUCGUUACUGCUAUAUGUAAAACGUGCUGGUUCAGUGAUGUGCUGUUUGAUCUCUUCACCUGGCUGGGAUACCUGAACUCACUCAUUAAUCCUAUUAUCUACACUGCCUUCAAUGACGAUUUCAAGCAGGCUUUCCAUAAACUCAUCAAAUGCCGACCAAGCUUUUGAGAUCCUAAAGCUGGCAGGAAAACACGAAGUGGAAAAGGACAAAUACAUGGAAUGACCGUUCAUUUUAAAGCUCCAUCAUAUGGAAAAGAUCUCUGGAUGCCUUCAGUUUAUCCACCUUAAAGACUUGAGCAUGCAUCUAUACAAAAGAGAGACCUUCACCUUUCUGCCUGAGAUAUCCCUUAAAAAACAAAGAGGAAGUCCAAUUAAAGGCAAUGCAACUCUUUCUGCUAUUUUUGGCCAAAAACAACAACUAACUUUUGUGGCUAGGUGGAAACAGCAGUGAUUGGAUGUAAUUCUGCAGAAAUGCAAAGCCAUGAAACAUGUGUUGUCUCGAUUUCUGUGUUACUGUUCAACAGCGUGGUGAAGUAAAAUAUUCAAACAACCACAAACUUUCAACACUUCGUUCCCACAUAAGCAAUUAUACUCGACAGAGGUGUGUGUGUGUGUGUGUGUGUGUGUGUGUGCGUGCGUGCGUGCGUGCGUGCGUGCGUGCGUGCGUGUGUGUGUGUGUGUGUGUGUGUGUGUGUGUGUGUGUGUGUGAAUGUUGUUUCUGAUGCUAUGCUCCAAUGAAGCACAUCUGCCAUUACAGAGGUUGAAAUGGGAAUGGCAUUUUCACUCCAUUUAUUAACACAAAAUGUUACAGCAUCGGAUUUUUCUAACAGUUUGCAACACAGACAAGACAACGGCAGAAAUUGAUCUCGCUUAAUUCAUAUUUGACAUUUAUGUGAACAAAAUGUCAUCUGUAGAUGCUGUGGACUUGGUGAGAAGCAGAAAUAAAAAUGUUUAUGUGGGAGCCUUAAAAAAACAGCAAUGAUGAACCAUGUGACCCAUUAAAGAUUAUUAUGAAUAAAAACAAUGAUUAUAGCCCAUUGGGUGAAAUUACUAUUUUAGGUGUCUUUUAGUUCUUUUUCAUGUCCAACAGGGGUCUAUGGGGGAUUUUAAAUCAGUUCAACAAGAAUAAAGAUAAUUCUCUUCCAUUUAAUGAUUUCACGUGUUCAUAUGUCAUUGCUGUUUGUUUGUUUGUUUGUUUGUUUGUUUGUUAAUCAAAGUGCCAGAUGUGUUUGAAUAUACAUCUUUGUGGUACUGCAGCUGCAGUAUCCUUGUUUUCUUUCUCCACAGGAUUGGAAGCGACUGCUGAAUUCAUUAUUCACUGCACACAAAAACAACACCCCCAUUGUUCUGCAGGCUGCAACAGCUUCACAGUUUAGAUCUGUAUAGCUGUUAAAGGUUACAUUAGGUUUAUUAUUCUUUCACUCUGAAAAUACACUCACUGGCAAGUUUAUCGUUCACCUGUUCAGGUGCUUACUACCAGCCAAUCACAAGGCAGUUUGCUGAAGUUCAACAGGUGAAGAAAGGAGAUUUAAGGGACUUUGAACGUGCUGUGUCUAUUGAUGCCCAAAUAGCUGGUCUGGGUGUUUCAGAAACAGCUAAUCCACUGGGAGUUUCACCCACAACCAUCUCUAGGUUUUACAAUGUGAAAAGAGGUAAUGAAAUGUAAUGACACAAUCCAGUGGGCAGCAGCUGUGUUGGUGAAAGUGCCGUGUUGAUGUCAGAGUUCAGAGGAGAAUGGGCAGACUGGUUCUAUAUGAUAGAAAGGAAACAAGAGUCAUUCAGACCAGGACUGCAGAAAAGCAUCUCUGAUACACAAGAUGUUGAACCUUGAAGCAGAUGGAGCACAGAAGAAGAAGCAGUGGCGCACGCAGAAAAUGUUUUAAGGGGGCCCAUGAUAAAUUUGGGGUGGCACACCAAAUUGGUCCCUGUGGUAAAUCUAGGAAAGUUUUAUUCUGUAGCAGUGCAAUGCGUGCUCCUGCACUCUUUUUCUUUAAAAAACAAGUUUCAUUCAACAUAUUUAUUUCAAAUAUGAGAAACACAAAUAUUUCCAAAAAAGGGCAAAUUUUUA